AUGUCCCUGGCGGAGCGGCGGCGGGAGGAGGAGGAGGAAGGGGAGCGGGAAGGGGAAGCAGGGGAUGGGGCCGGGGAGGAGGUGGUGCAGAUCCGUCUGGGGGACAAAUGCUACCCGGUGUGCAAGAGGAAGCUGAUCGAGCAGAGCGACUAUUUCCGAGCGCUCUACCGCUCGGGAAUGAGGGAGGCAGGGCAGGGCCAGGAGGAGCAGCUGCUGCGCGGGGGGCUUAGCGCCCUGGGGCUGGAGCUGGUGCUGGACUUCAUCAAUACGUCCUGCCUGGCCCGGCUGGAGCAGGAGGUGGGCGGUGAGAAGGAGCCGCCGCUGCUGGAGGAGCUGGUGGAGGCCGCUUCCUACCUGCAGGUCACGCCCCUACUGCGGCUGCUGCUGUCGCAGGUACGCCUCGGCAACUGCUUCGAGCUGCACCGCCUGGCGCAGGUGUACGGCCUGCAGGACCUGCACGACGCCUGCUUGGACUUCAUGGCCGCCCACUACCAUCAGGUGCUGCGCAGGCCCGACGCCCGCCCGCACCUCCUGCUGCCCUCGGCGCUGCAGCAGCAGCUGCGGGAGCGGCGCAUGAGGGGCACGGCCACCCUCGUGCUGCUCGGGGACUUCAUGGGCGCCUGUCCGCCGGGGCUGCCCGCCGGCUGCCACCCCGCGGGGGACGCGCCCUGGGCCAUGCUCAGGUACGACGAGGAGGCGCAGCGGUGGCUGCCGCUGGCCAAUAACCUGCCCGCCGAUCUGGUGAGCGUCCGCGGCUACGGCUCGGCCACGCUGGACAAUUACCUGUUCAUCGUCGGCGGCUACCGCAUCACCAGCCAGGAGAUCUCGGCCGCGCACUGCUAUAACCCGUGCCUUAACGAGUGGAGCCAGCUGGCCUCGAUGAACCAGAAGAGAUCCAACUUCAAGCUCCUGGCUGUCAGUGGAAAGCUCUAUGCCAUCGGUGGUCAAUCCCUUUCCAAUGUGGAGUGCUACAACCCGGAGAAUGACUGGUGGAAUUUUGUGGCAUCCAUGCCAAACCCUCUUGCAGAAUUCUCAGCUUGUGAAUGCAAGGGCAAGAUCUAUGUUAUUGGAGGAUACACUGCACGAGGCAGGAAUAUGAGCAUCCUGCAGUAUUGUCCCAGUUCUGAUUCCUGGACCAACUUGGAGCUGUGCGACAUGCACAUCCGCAAGCAGCAGAUGCUGUCUGUGGAGGAGACCAUCUACCUGGUGGGAGGCUGCAUCCUCGACCUUGGACCAAACCAGAGAUCCAGCCCCAGCGAGGACCUGCUAACAGUGCAGUCCUAUAACACUACCACCAAAGAGUGGCUCUACCUCAAUGAGAACUCAUCCAAAUCUGGCCUUAACUUGACUUGCACUCUCCACAAUGAUGGAGUCUAUAUCUUGAGUAGGAAUAUUACUCUGUCUUCCAGCUUGGAGCAGCGUCUCUUCCUGAAGUAUAACAUCUUCACAGACAGUUGGGAGUCACUGGGGCGUUUCCCAGCCUUUGGACAAAACAUUCUGAUCUGUUCUAUGUAUUUGCCUGAUGGACGAGAAGUGUAACAGCAUGAGGAUUUCAUUAAUCGUUCUUUGAUGAGAUAUUUCUCCCUCUGAAUAAUUCCAUUUUCAGAAUGUAAUGUGGUUGCAUAAUGUAGGCAUAAAAUACUGAUUCUGUUCUCUAAAAAGGUUUCAGAAUCCAAUAUGAAGAGAAAUGCUUCCAGAAACAGUUUUAAGAUGUCAAUUUAAACAUUUUACUGGUUUGGAUUAAAAUUUCACCAGGUAUUGUUUGCAAUUUAAACAUAAAAUAAUUGUGUUGGCAACUGAUACAGAAGUUCCAAAAGCAAAACUGAUCAGUCUGGUUUUAUUUUUCCUCUUAAUAGACAGUGUAGAACAAAACAUACAUUUUUAAAGUGGAAACAAUUCAAUAAAGUAAAAAAUUAGUAUAAUCAAAAUCAUAACAGGAUUUAUUUAUUUUAAAAUACAGGCAAGCAAUGUUCUGUCAAAUGCACAGUUUCAAAUUGCUUAUGCUGUCCCAUUUUUAUCUCUUCCAUGGCAGCAAGUGAGAUUCUCAAAGGUGCCAGCAAUUGGGGUCCCAUCAAGAAGAACUUCCUCUGGAUUAUUUAUAGUGCAAUGCUUUGCCAGGGACUGGUAGGAAUUGCCUACAGUUGUUAAUUGGAAAGUAGAUGCUCC